AUGGGUACCUCCAAUCGACAUAAAAAGCAAAAGCAAACGGAUUUUACCAAACGGAAACUUCGAGUGGGAAAGACAGCGCGUCAGAAAGAUAACUUCACCGACACUUCAUUCAAAGCAAAAUCGAUCUCGUUGAAUCAGAAGAAGAUUCUGUCUCCGUCUUUGAAUGAAGAGGGAGCUCUAAAGAAGAAGCUUUCUAUCCUAAGGAAGUCUACACAGAAUUUAAACUCGAGGAAAGAGAUUCUUGCUGAGCUAUUGAACGCUUUAAUCAAACAUUAUGACAGUGUUUCCAGCCAUAUGGAUGAGAUUCUUAAGAUAUCUAACAUCUUGAUCCUUGACAGGUCUCGAAAAAUUAGGGAGAUGAACCUUGAAUUAUGGAAGUAUCUUGUUGAUAAUGGCAAGAUAAGCAUUCUUAUACUUCACUUAGAUACGCUACUUUUAUUCAUCAACUCUGGAAUGACCCAUUUGAGUAACGGUGUAAGGUUGGACAGUCUAAAGUAUCUUGACUGUCUUCUCUCCAACACAGAACUAUCAGAUCUUAUAGUGAAGUCCGAUUGGUUUAAGUUACUAAAGAACUUUAUGAUUCUUAUGAAUUGGACCACUGAUAAUAAUAACGGCAAGAAUUUGGUGGUCAGAGAAGGUUCCUCGCAGUUGUUAGAGAAAGAUCUUGCUAGAGAUCGUAUCAAUGAGUUAAAAGUGUUGGAGAAGUUAUUAUUGGCUGGUUGUACUGACCAUACGCAGUAUAACGAAAACGGAAAUGGCAAUCCUCAUCAACUAUCGUACAACAAUAUUCAGAUACAUGCCUAUACAAAGUACUACAUGCUACCAGAUAAACCUAAUCCAUAUGGAGGGUUGAAACUAUUUACAGAGAUCAAAAAGAUUGGUAGCAUGGAAAGUGGUGAUUUCCAGUCAGUUUCGACGGAUGAUAUGGUGAACAGAAUCAAGGUACUCUGUGAAGCCUUUGGCGAUGGAUUGCAAAAAGGGUUGACAGAGCUAUCGAAGGAGGAGAACAGGGAAUUGGCCAAUAAAGCUUCCAAUCUAAUAACUGAAUAUGAUAGAAUUAGAAAAGAGUAUAUUAGUGCCGCUUGA